AUGAUGGGAUUUGAAUUUGCCAAUUAUUGUAAUAGUUAUCUUCAGAAACACGGUCUUGCCACUCGAACCAUCUCCAAAAUUGAUAGUAAUCCAGCCAAGUCUAAACAUCUUGAAACUGCGACAACCAAACUCUUUGAUCAAGAAAUUGACUUUUGUAAUUUACGCACUGAAAUUUACACAGAAGAUAGUAGAAUCCCUUCUGAAGUGACUUUUGGAACACCAUCUGAAGAUGCUUAUCGACGUGACACAACUAUCAACAGUUUAUUCUAUAAUAUCAACACUGAAACUGUGGAAGAUUUUACCAAUCAAGGCCUUUCUGAUCUUUCACUUGGACUUAUUCGUACACCACUCGCUCCUUAUGAAACAUUUCGAGAUGAUCCUUUACGAGUUCUUCGAUGUAUUCGUUUUGCUAGUCGGUUUGGAUUUGACAUGGUACCUGAAUUAUUAGAAGCCGCAAAAGAUGAAUCUAUCAAGGAUGCAUUGGUGAACAAAAUUAGCAAAGAACGUAUUGGAACUGAAAUCGAUAAAAUGCUAAGUGGUCCUUCACCAUUAUUAUCUUUACAAUUGAUUCAUCAAUGUGGAUUAUAUUCAACUGUGUUUGAGGCACCAACCAUUCUAUCAUCCCCUCCUGAUGAUGCUUCGCAAGCUGUACGUGCAGCUGGAGUCGUCCAAUGGCUAUUAUUAGAUCAGUGCAACUUGUCAUCAUUAUCACCAAACACAAUAUCAACAACAUCAUCAUCAUCAUCAUCAUCAGUACGGAACACAGCUACCAAAGAUGAAAAGCGUAUACUAUACCUUGGUGCCACAUUAUUACCAUACUUAUCGGUGAUGUCUGAAUUCAAGAAACGUCCCAUUCCUGCUGUUCAGUUGGUUCUACGUGAUUCUCUCAAAUCAACAAAUCAUGAUGUCAAUACUAUCUCUACUUUAUAUCGCGGCAUUCCUUUACUCCAGCAAGCUGUCAAACAAUUGGAUGAACAACAAACUAUUUCAAGGUCGGAUCUUGGCAUGAUGAUUCGUGAUAUUGGAUCACUUUGGCAAACCUGUUUGAAAUUAUCUCUAGUACAUGAUUUGUUAUCCACUCUUACUAACGUAACAUGGGAUCGUUCUGAAACUUUAGAUGCAAAUUUGAAUGCUUCUGCUACAGUGAUUGUGGAUCGAUAUCAGAGAUUAUUAACGUUGGCUUAUCAAUAUAAUAUUCAAGAUGCUCAUAGUUGGAAACCUAUGAUGGAUGGGAAGAAAACAACACAACUUUUGGGUUUGAAGCCUGGACCAGUCGUACAACAACUUUUGAAAGUAAUGAUGAUAUGGCAACUGGAGCAUCCUGAAGGUACACUGGACGAAUGUGCAACUAUGAUGAAAUCUUAUUGGGAUGAAAAGAAACAACAACAAUCUUGA